UGGCGCGCGAUCUGUCUCCGCUGAUCCAAUGGCGGCAUCGUCUUCCUCAGCGUCCUCCGACUCAUACGAUUCGUCGUCUUCUUCCUCUUACCGCCGGCAUCGUCGCCACCGCCGCAGCCGCCGGGACAAAGACAAAGACAGAGACAGAGACAGAGACGGAGAUUCUCUCAAGGUUAGGCAGAGGAGCUCGCGCUCACAUACCAAACGACGUCGUAGGCGCCACCACCAUUCCUCUGCUUCCUCUGAUUCCUCCUCCGAUUCCGAUUACUCCAGUGAAAGUUCUGACAGUGAGCCUGAAACAUCUACUCAUUCUAAGAAGCACAAGAAGAAUGACAGACAAAUAAAGAGCAAGGAUAAGGAGCGCAGCAAGAGUCAUCGCCAUAAACGACAUAAGCAUAAAGCUAAAGAGAAGGAGCGGGAUGAAAGAUGUAGCAGCCCUGUACAGCUUUCAAAGUUUUUAGGGCGUGAUAAAGAUGAUGGUGUCCGUCGAAGUGCUGUCUCCGGCAAAAAGAUUUUAUUAAAACUCGAGAAGACGAAAGAGGACAAGGCGGCAGAAAACAAUAGAAAUGAAUUGCUGAAGUUCUUGAAUGCUAGUUUCGAUUGAGUUUUUCCAUGAUUCCUUUAUCCAAAGGAAGUUUUGAAGUGUUCAAUGAAGUACUCGAGUUAGCUGCUGCUGUGCUUGUCCUAAAUCUCCAAGGAUACCGGACAGCAAAGAAUGGACUAGCAUUUAUAUCUUUGUAUUUUUAUCACGGAUGAUAAAUGGAAACCCUUGUUAAAUUAAAUUUGUGAGCUUUUAUCGGAACCUUCAUUUUGGAGGUUCUCAUCUAGUUGUGUCAAAAUCAAUCCUUCCAUUAUAUAUUCAACUUCUUUGAGGAAGAUUGACCAUUAGUUUUUCAAUUUGGAAAUUGGAUUUAAUUUCAUUGCAAAUAGCAGACA